GACGUUCUUCGCGUAUUCGUACUUUGAACUUAUUCGUGCACCUGGCGCGUCACAGAAGCCGCAAGCCACAUUCGUGUAUUCGCAUCGUCCUCGAGAAAAGUACGUGAAUCUAUAAAUAGAGCUUGAGCCGACAAACAAAAUUCGCUGUCGUUUCUUUCGUCGAUCGUCGUUCACGUCAGCGUGAAAAUUGUCACUGCUGUAAACAGGUUGGAUUAUUCGAUAGAGUUACAAAUGUUCUGACACAUCAAAAAUAUCUUUGACUCCGCGAUUUCUGAUACUGCUUAUCGAAGAUAUCUUUGGUGCUGCAUUGUUCUAAAGGAUCUGCCGGUACUCGCAUACAUAAAAGCAAAAUUAAAAAUAGACAUGAGUUUACAAUGGACACUCGCUGCUGGUUUCCUCUAUAUCGAAAUUGCUAUAGUUCUUUUUCUGGUAUUACCAGUAGCUUCGCCAACUAGAUGGCAAAAGCUCUUCAAAUCUCGCUUUUUACAAAGUAUAACCAACCAAGCUUCCAUAUAUUUUAUAAUUCUGCUUGGUGUCUUGGUUCUCUUCCUAUUGGAUGCUAUACGAGAAAUGCGAAAGUAUUCCAAGACUGGAGAUCAUGGUGAUCACUCUCAUUUAAAUUUAGAAAUGCAAGAAAACAUGCGACUGUUUCGUGCACAGAGAAAUUUCUAUAUAUCCGGCUUUGCGUUAUUUUUGAGUUUGGUGAUACGACGUCUUGUCACUUUGAUAUCCACUCAAGCUACAUUACUCGCUCAAAAUGAGGCAGCCAUGCGACAAGCUCAGUCUGCAACCACCACAGCCAGGAGCUUACUGUCACAGAGGACAAUUGGGGAAAGUGCACAGAAUGAUUCUAAUGAAGCACAUGACAAACAAGUUUCAGAAUUGAAAAAUCAGAUCAAAGAGUUGCAAGCUAAAAAUUUGGAACUUGAAAAUAAUUUGACCAAAGAGAAAAAAGAUAAAGAAGCAAUCAAAUCACAGGCAGAUUCACUUGCAAAAGAAUAUGAUCGUUUGACUGACGAGCAUGCAAAACUUGUGCAGUCGAGUAGCGAUAAGAAAAGCGAUUAAACAUGAAUAUUUUUUUCUGUUUGUUUUUUUAUUUUAAUAUUUUGCUCACAUUAAGCCUAAAAUAUUAUCAUAUUGUAUUUUUUGUUCCAUAAUUUGAACAAGAUCCACAUUUCACGAGUUACUGUUGACAUAUAUUUACAAGUUUCGUUAAAAAGUUGUAUAUAAAAAUAUUAAUAUUGUAAUGUGCCUCAUAAUAUAUACUAUCAUCCUUUUUCCAGUUUUGUGCACUUUCUGCAUAUAAAAGCCUAUAUUUUAUG